CUCGCACGUGGACAACAUCUGUUUGUCUCAGUACGAUCUGCAGUGGAUGAGCGUAUAUUUGUAAAUGUUCAAACACCAGCCACUGAUCUAUCAACAAUCCUAACACCUCGCUGACAAAAUUCGGCAGUCAAUAGUUGUUCAUCACGUCAGACUGGUGCGGUGCUGAAGUUCAGUUUGAGAAUGGCGUUGAUACGGCUGUGUCCACAUUGUCGGUGUCACAAGGCAACCAUUGCGUGUGCGAUUUUCACCAUUCUCAUGGUCUUAAACAUGUACGUCUUUCUGAGGCCAUCAGUCUACACGAGACUUGUACCGGAAGUUGAUAACUUUUGUGAUCCGCACUUAGAUCAUGACGUCGCGGCAACAGGAAGUGGAAAAAAGAAGACCGUUCAACACCUUGUUUUCUUGAAAGUCCACAAAGCUGCCAGUACCACUGUGAUGAACAUUAUUAUUCGCUUUGGACUCUUGAGAAACUUAACUUUUAUGACUCCUCGGAAGAUGAACACAAUCAGCGAACACGGAGCUUUUCUGGCGACGGAUAUACUCCCGCCAUUUCAGAACGGAACAUACGACAUUUUAUGUAAUCACAUGAUAUUUAAUAAAACAGCAAUUUCCCGAUUCUUUCCAUCUGAUUCAAAAUACAUAGCAAUUUUGCGUGAUCCUUUUGAGCAAAUGGUUUCGGCAUUCAUGUACUACAAGUUCGUGUAUCCCAAGUCGUAUCUUUUGAACAUUGCCGGCAAGAAUCCCAUAUCAACGUACCUGGAAAAUCCUUUGAAACACGAGCCGCAAAAUCCUAUGUUCUCGUUCACUUUCAACAGGAUGUCCAUAGAUUUAGGCUACAACCCUAAACUCCUUCUCAAUGCUUCCGUGUCUCAAGCCACCGACUUUAUCAGACAGUUAGAGAAAGACUUCGAUCUUGUUCUUAUCGUGGACUAUUUCGACGAAUCAAUUGUGCUGCUUCGUCGUUUGCUGGGUUGGGAACUGAAGGACAUUUUAUACGUCUCGGCAAACUCCUUCAAAACCAAGUCCUUUCGUUUUUCUCCCGAGGACCGCCUCAGACAUCAGAGAUGGGCGUGGUUAGACAACGCCAUCUACAGUCACUUUUAUAAAGUGUUGUGGCUCAAGAUUUUUAAACAGGGACCAGCAUUUUUCGAUGAGGUGCACACAUUCCAGUCCGUUCGUCGUCUGGUCCAGACAUUCUGUUCUCAGAAGUUAAAUGGAACGGAUCGUCUGAAGGUGAACAAAUCCAACUGGAAUCCUGAAUUUGAAGUAACGGCAACAGACUGUUCCCUGAUGACCAUGCGCGAGAUACCAAUGGUGGAUGUUGUGAGAUUGCGCCAUUUAAAACGGCUCAAGGAUCAAGGAAUUAAUUAUGCAAUUAAGACAUACAGUAAAAUUUCUAAAUCCAAAAGACCUUCCAAAGGACCUUCAAAUAAAAUAGAUUCAAGAAAUAAAAAUAUCAGCUAACA